AUGAACUUCCGCGAUCGGUUCCGAAUCUGGUUGCAGCGCCUAUUGUCUUCUCUUUACGAACAAAACCUUCUCCAUAUAGUCUUUGACAAUGAUGAUGGAAAGUGGACAGCCAGCAAAUCAGUAUCGCCUCUAGAUAUCGAUAUUCGCUAUGGAAUAUCGACGAUGGUCUGGGACGCUGGAACCGGAGGUCCUCCCGUGCUUGAGAAGUGGCAUGAUGUACAUGAUGAUUUUCCCCACGGACCAGAGGAUCAUCAAAGCUCACUGGUAUUCUCCCCCUCUGGCACCCUUCUGAUCUUUCCCCUCGAAAAACAUCUCCACAUCUAUGAUUUACCCCACGCCGAAGAAUUGCCAAUCGGCUACAGCCGACCGCCGCGAGAGACGGCGGUGGUGGAUAUUGAUGACGUCAUCCUCGCCUCGGCUUGGUCUCCCGAUGGCGCAUACAUCCUUACUUUGAUGCGUAGUGGAGACGUUUUCAUGGUUGACCCGGAGAACACGAAACGCAUCCAUUUCAACCGCCCUUCCCCCAUGACUGAAGACAGGUCUGUUCCAUACGCCAGGCUAUCGGUGCACAUUUCCAACGGCCGCCGCUAUGCUCUGGUCGACGUCCUUCGUAACAUGGCUAGUGAAUACGUCGAGGUUUGGGAUCUGAGCUCUGCAACAUACCAGCCGCGGUUUGGUGGGAACGUCCAAGGCCUCCCGAUACGCGACACCAUGAUGAUUUUCCAAGCCGUUCUGCGGCAUGAGGAAGGUUGCGGCUCGCCCACUGUCCUCGCCGUAACCACCACCGGCGCACUCCUGGUCGACUCCGGGCCGGAGGAUGAACUCGCGGGGGCUCCGCUCGAGGCAUACACGCGGGACCUUCUAGCAGGGUUCAAGACGAUAGCCCUAUCCGAGGACGGGGAGCGCGCCUUGUGCGUCGCGGACGCCGAGCCGUCUGCGACCACCUGGUCGUGCUGCGUCGUGGAGACACGGACCGGAGGUUUUCUUUCAGAUAUCGUCGAAGGCGACUUCCCGGUGCGGAUCUUCUUGGAGAACGGCACCCACCGAGACGUGGGCCAAGAGGACGCAAAAUACCGUCGAUCGUGGUUCUGGAACACGCACAACGGGUGCCUCUACCGUCUCCUGCCGACGCUGGACACCAAACACAGAACGAAGGAGACGAAAGCUGUCCAAGAGCGAGCACGUGCUGCUGCUGGGUUUAGGGUGCUCAACACGAUUCUUGCGAAAUCCGGCCAGCCGCGCGAACCUCUUGACCGAGGUAUCUCGUGA